AUGGGCGGAUGUGAUGCAGUGCUGAGGAUCUUUGAAGUGACUGGGAAUUCGUUUGUUGUUGGAGGCAUAAGUGUGCUUGUAAGCAAUGUUCUAAGAAAAGAAGAAUCAAACAGAAGAGCAGUGAUUGAGCAGCCAGUAAGAAGUGGGGGAGAGAUGGCAAAGCAGUCGAUGGUGUAUUCACUGAUAAGUUGUGGAUUGAAUGCGCUGGGUGUUUCAGGAUAUGCCAAGCAGCUGUUUGCACCGUUUGCUUCAUCGUUUGUGUGUGGGAUGAGGAAUGGCAGGAGGUUUGGAAUAAAGAGCGGGAUGAGCGGGAUGAUAAGCUCGUUUGGAUAUGAAAUGAUCAAUAAAGCAAGAGGGUACUGA